UAAACACUCAGAUGAAAACAUGACCACAGACAAGACACCAGAGACCAAGAGAGAGACUGAAGCCAGAACCAUGGAUGACCUGAGGAUCGUCCUGUUUGGGCGCGACGACCCCAAAUGUGAAUUAAUGAAGAUCAUUGAGAACGCUGGACAAUUCAAAAAGGAUUCAAAGAACAAUCCUCCUCCUGAAGAUGGCACACAAUCACUCGGCGAAUAUAAGUGCCAAAAGUAUAGCAGGAGUAUUAAUGAUAAAAAUGUGGUCAUUAUUGAUGCUCCAGGUGUGGAUAAACGCGGCACUAAUAAGGAAAAACUGUUGGAAGAGAUCAAGUGGUCUGUCGCAGCUGCUGAUCCCGGUCCUCACGUGUUCCUGUUUGUGGAGACGAUUAAUAAGCCAUUAAGUGAUAAAUUAGAAGUACUGGAGGAUUUUCAGAAAACCUUUGGCGAGCAGGCAAAUGACUUCACCAUGAUGGUGUUCAUCGCUGCGUCAGAGAUGAACACCAGUGACCCUGAUUCCUGUGGUAGUGAAAGGGUUAAGCCCUUCAGAAAGCUGACGUACCUGUUCAAUCACAGAUAUUUUAUUUUUAACAUUAAAGAUGACAAGCAGCAAGAAGAGUCUCAAGUCACCAAGCUCCUGGAGAAGAUAGCAGAGAUGAGGGGAGAAGCCUCUGCACACUUUUACACUCCUAAGAUGGUCUGGGAGGCUGAAAAAGCUUUGAAACAGGAAAAGAAAAUGUGGAGUAACGUACGAGACAAGUUGCUUGUGAUUGGAGCACAAGUUGGAUCUACAGUAGGACUUGUGCUUAGUUAUUGUAUUUUUAAUGGAGAUCUAUCAUCAGCAUUAGGAGCAGUGGGAUCAGUCGUGGGUGUGGUAAUUGUUGCAGUAUUAUAUUUGGUGUUUUAUCAUUUGAAAUUCAAAACUUACACUGCACGAAAAGAGGAAUUUUCGUCCCCUGACGCGGGCGCCGCUGGUAAACAGCAGCUUUCGUCAGCAUCCCCGUAUGCUGACGAAAGCAUCCCGACGAAAGCAUCCCCGUACGUGUAGGUACCACCAGAGGCAGCGGGGGGUGGGUAAAGGUACGGGGGUGCCGGCCGGUGGGAGGUGUUAACGACUCUACUUUACAUAUGAAUAGCAGCGCUGCAAGCCGAAGCAGCGGCAACAGACCCACGUGGCUUCUCAGUCAU